AUGCCAACGUCAUUGAUUGAUAAUGAAGAAAAGUUAUCAGCAGGAAUUGAUCGUUUCAUUGUUUUUAAUCGUUAUACAAUGUUUUUAUGUUUAACUUAUGAACUUGUCAUAUUGUCACAAGUUGGCAAUGUUAUUUAUAUGAUAUUUGCUGCAGCAUCACCUGAUAUUAUCGCUUGUGGAACGAUAAUUUUUAAUGAAACUUUGGGACAGCGUGAAGCUUGCGAGCAGUAUGAAAGUAUAAUUAAAUUUGAAAAUCAUUCAUGUGAACCAAUUCUUAAGUAUCAAUUUCGAUCCGUUGCUGUUGAAUGGAACUAUUUCUGUAGUGAAACAGUAAAAGUAAAAAAUGUGGUAUCGUUUCAAAUGUUUGGUACUAUACUUGGUGGUAUUUUAUUUGGGCAAUUAUCCGAUUUAUUUGGACGCCGAAAGACAAUGAUCGUAUGCAUUGCAAUGACAGCUCUAUCUGGCAUACUGUCAUCUUUUGCUGCCAAUCUUUUGGUAUUUGCUAUUAGUCGCACUUUUGUUGGUUUCUUUGUUGGCGGCAAUUCAAUCGUAAUGUACGUGUACGUAAUCGAGAAUAUUCCAACAAAUGCCCGAAUUAAAGUGAAUACAUUUGUUACUUGGUCACCAAAUUUUUUAUUACUUUCUUUGGUUGCUUAUUUUACACGUUCAUGGGAUACACUUGCAAUUACAAUUAAUUUAUUAGCUGCACCAUCACUUUUUUGCUUCAUUUUUCUAUAUGAAAGCCCACGAUGGUUAAUGCAAAAAGGUCGUUUGAAUGAAGCACAACAAACAAUAAUAGCAAUGAAUACAUGGGGAAAAAAUGCGGCAAAAAGACAAUACCGCCAUGAGCAAGAAGUAAUUGAUAUACUUGGAAAUGAUCAUAUGGCUAAUUAUGAACAAUUAAAACAUAAACGAUAUUAUUUUUAUCAUUUAUUUUAUUCAUGGAAAUUACUUCGUUACAGCAUUGUUCUUGCAUUUAGCUGCUUUGCUAAUGCUAUUGCAUUUUAUGGUUUAUUGUUUAAUUUGGAGAAGAUUUCCGGUUCAUUGUUUAUGAAUACAUCAAUACUUGGAGCAUUUCGUUAUAUUUUAAAUAUUUUACUAGCAACUGUUGAUCAUGCCUUUACAUCUGUUGGCAGAAAGUUUGUACAUACAAUAUCAAUUAUCAUUUAUAUUCUUUGUAUUGCAUUUAUUGUUGUAUUAAUUAAAACUGACCAUACUUUGGAUUUCAAAGUACUUAUUCGACUAUUAACUUUAACUGGUAUGGGUAUAAUUUCAACCUUAUUCAUUGUUAAUACACUUUCAUGUGCUGAACUUUUCCCUACAGCUAUUCGUAAUUUAGCUGGCGCUAAUGUCGCAACAUGGAAUCGAAUCGGUUGCAUUAUUGCACCACAACUUAUUUAUUUAAGUGAAAUUGAUCAAAUUUUACCAUAUGUAGUUCUUAUCAUAUUACUAUCCAUUGAUGCCAUAGCAUUCCUGACACUUCUUCCGGAAACGAAAUCACGUCCACUUAAAGAUCAAAUGCCAUCAAAAGAAAUGCUAAUUUUGAGAAGUUGCAAGAGGACACGCACAGCAAGCAUACCAAGUGAUAAUAAUGAUGAUAAUGAUAAUAUCACUUGUUUAAUUAACAAAUAA